AUGGUUCUUCAAGAUCUUGGCCGUCGCAUCAAUGCGGCGGUCACCAAUUUGACGAGGGACCAGAAUCUUGACGAAAAGGCCUUCGAUAACAUGCUUAAAGAGAUUUGCGCCGCCCUUCUCGAAGCCGAUGUCAAUGUCAAACUUGUUAUGCAGCUCCGAAAAUCUAUCAAAAGCACCGUCAACUUCAAAGACCUUCCACCAGCCGUCAACAAAAAGCGCCUGAUUCAGAAAGCCGUCUUCGAUGAACUUGUCCAAUUAGUCGACCCUCAUGCCGAGCCCUUCAAACCGAAAAAGGGUAAACCAAACGUCAUCAUGUUUGUUGGUCUACAGGGUGCUGGUAAAACGACGACGUGUACGAAGCUCGCGCGACACUACCAAACGAGAGGGUUUCGAGCAUGCCUGGUGUGCGCAGAUACUUUCCGAGCGGGCGCUUUUGACCAGCUGAAGCAGAAUGCGACAAAGGCCAAGAUUCCGUACUACGGUUCUCUCACAGAGACUGAUCCUGCAGCUGUGGCUCGGGCGGGCGUCGAGCAGUUUAAGAAGGAGAAAUUCGAUGUGAUCAUUGUUGAUACCUCGGGAAGACAUCGCCAAGAGUCAGCACUGUUCCAGGAGAUGAUUGAUAUCCAGACGGCGAUUCGCCCUGACGAAACCAUCAUGGUGCUCGAUGCUUCCAUUGGUCAACAGGCCGAGUCGCAAGCCAAGGCGUUCAAAGAGGCAGCUGAUUUCGGAGCCAUCAUCAUAACCAAGACCGACGGACAUGCCCACGGUGGUGGUGCCAUUUCCGCCGUAGCAGCGACACACACGCCGAUUGUAUUCAUCGGUACAGGUGAGCAUAUGCUGGACCUGGAGCGCUUCGCUCCACAACAAUUCGUCCAAAAGCUUUUGGGGAUGGGAGACAUGGCCGGUCUGGUCGAGCACGUCCAGUCGCUAAAUCUCAACCAAAAGGACACCAUAAAGCACAUCCAAGAAGGUAUCUUUACGGUACGCGACCUGCGCGAUCAACUGUCAAACAUCAUGAAGAUGGGACCUCUGUCGAAAAUGGCGGGUAUGAUCCCCGGAAUGAGCAACAUGAUGCAAGGAAUGGACGACGAAGAAGGAGGCGCCAAACUCAAGCGCAUGAUUUAUAUCUGCGACUCCAUGACCGACAAAGAACUCGACUCGGACGGCAAGAUUCUCAUUGAACAACCCACACGCAUGACCAGAAUAGCUCGCGGUUCAGGAACGUCAGUACGCGAAGUAGAAGACCUCCUUACUCAGCAGCGCAUGAUGGCCGGUAUGGCCAAGAAGAUGGGCGGCAAUAUGAAGAACAUGCAGCGUGCGCAGCAAGCCAUGGGCGGCGGCAACAAAGCUCAACAAAUGGCCGCCAUGCAGAAACGUCUCCAGAGUAUGGGCGGCGCUGGCGGUGCAGGCGGAAUGCCUGAUAUGGGAUCCCUCAUGAAGAUGCUUGGCGGAGGAGGUGGCAUGCCUGGCGGUAUGGAUAUGCAAGCAAUGAUGAAGCAAAUGGGUAUGGGUGGAGGUAUGCCUGGUAUGCCUGGGAGCGGUGGCCGCGGCCGGAGGUGA